AUGAUGAAGACAAAGAGUACCAAAGAAAAGCAGGAAGAGAUUUUACUAGCAUACAUCGACAUUCCUUAUUUCAGAAACAAUCCAACAUAUAUCGAAAGAUGGAGAACGUACUACCAGCGAUAUAAAGAUCCCCAAAUUCUGCUACUUAUGUACCACAAGCAGAUAAGUACCUUUUACCAUUGGAUAUAUCUUGAGCUUUCACAACACUUUCUAAAGAAAAGCCAGCCACAAAUUGCACAUUUUAUAUUACAUGAAGCCCUAAAGAACAACGUAUACGAUGCAACUAGAAUCAAAGAGGCGAUAGAGAAGAUACCUCCAUUUGAAAAGAAGUAUUCAAAGGGAGACAUGCUGGGAUUAUUGAAUACAAGAAACAUACAAGCAUUAGGAAAAACAUGGAACUGCUCUAAUGAAACUUUCUUUUAUCUGACUAAUCCACCAAAAAGUUUAGUAAACUAUGAAAUUCAGAAAAUCAAGAAUUAUGAAGAAAAAUAUGCUCAAGGUAAAAUUGAGAUGAAAGAGAUUAUUACAAACUUCAUGGCCGGCAUUGAGCAUUCCCAAUCUAUCCAGCAAGAGGUUAAUGAAGUAACUAAAUCUGAAGAAAACAACAAAGUUCUUGGUCAAGCAGAUAAGUCUAGAGAGAACAGCAAGCCUCUUGAUAAAGUGGAUAAGCCUGUGGAGACACCUGAUAACAAGAUGCAACUAGGAACUGUUGAUAGGAUGGCAUGCCAAGAACAAAACGAUGGUAUUGCCAAUACCAUGAAUGCGAAACAAAUCGCUGGGUUACAUUCGCAGGAAUGCGUGUUGUUUUCGGAUGCGCAUCAAAAGAUCGUGGAAAAAGAACCAGAGAAUAUAAAUCAGGAAGCAGAGAUGCUGGCUAAUGACAAACUUGUUCCAGUUGUAACUAUUCAGCAAGCAGAAAACAAGUAUGCAAUGAACCUUAUUGGGCAAGUUGAAAAAGAGUAUGUAAUGGACUCCUCAAGCUAUAUUUCUAUACAGGAAAAUGAGAAAGACGAUUCGCAAGUUUGCAAAAAACAGAAAAUUGAUGGCAAUAGUAUAUUUGAAACAGCAUUCUUUGAAAUUUCAGAUGACUUUAAGUUGAACUCAGAAAUUUGCUUUGAUCGAUACAUUUAUCUGGUUCAAAAAAUUGGGCAGGAUGGUGUGGAGCUUCUAAGAAUAGCGAAAAAUGCUGAUAUUACCCAGACUAUGAUUGGAAAGAUGUUCUUUCUAAAGAAAUGCUCAUAUUUAUCUUGCAAGAUUUUUAAGAAUGUUUUUGGUUUUGAUGCGUGCAGAUGUUUGUCGGAGUAUUUCAUACUUUAUGAAUAUAGCCGGAUGUGUGACCUAAAAGACAUUAUAUCAACUGCAGGAAUCUAUGUUAAGUAUUUCUAUCUCAAAAAACUGCUCGAGAGGCUACUUUCAUUGAUGGAGAAAGGUUACUUACUUGUAAACACGGUAGAUUUCUUCAUUGAUCAGGACUUUGACUUGGGCUUUAAUUGUGUUGAACUGUGCGAAUUGAAUGAUGAUAGCUUGAAAAUGGUCAUUAGAUUGCUAAAAGAAACCUUUUUAACUUCAGCCGAUGAACUAACUAUUGAUUUUCAUAUGAUUUCAAGGCUAAACAACCAGCUCAACACACCCGCAGCCAAGAAAGAAAUACUUAAGCACAAAACAGAAAUACUUCAGAGUAUAUGA